AUGAACCAUCAAGAUCCAGAUUUACAAUAUCAUAAUAAAAAGGCGUAUCCACCAAAUCUAUCAUCAAUUGCGCCUCCGCCACAACAACCUUUGAGUGGAAGACCUGCAACUCCAAGAAUGUUACGUAGUAUAAGUGGCACACUAAAAUCUAGAACAGAACUUUCUAAUUCUGACAGGAGUCAGGAAUUGAACAAUGAAACCAAAAGUAGCAAUUCCCCUCACUAUGUUGUUGAUACACAUAACAGACAACCAGAACCAGAAUCACUCAGACCAAAUAUUCAAGCUCCAACAGCUGUUCAUGGGAGUCAACAAAAAGGACUGUUGUUGCCACCUCCAUCUAUUCCAAAUCCAGCCAACAUGAAACCAGCACCAACACCAACUGGUGUGGACCAACCACCGGCAAAACAAAAACCGGUGCCAGCACCUAAACACCCACAACCACCACCACAACAACAACCACAACAACAACAGCAACAGCAAUUUCAUAGAAAAUCGAUUGGUGAUUGGAAUUUCGUAAAGACCAUUGGUGCUGGGUCUAUGGGUAAAGUUAAAUUGGCACAGCAUAAUGCCACACACGAAAUUUGUGCCGUUAAAAUCAUUCCCAGAGCAGCCAAACUUUAUCAAAGAGCUCAUGCUAACGACCCUCCUCCACAAACGACACAGGAAGCAGCACAGAGACAUAAAGAGUUUGAGAAAGAAGUUGCCAGAGACAGAAGAACUAUACGUGAAGGGGCAUUGGGGAGAUUGUUAUACCACCCUUUUAUUUGCCGUUUAUACGAGAUGGUACCCAUGACGAACCAUUAUUAUAUGUUAUUUGAGUAUAUUGAAGGAGGGCAAAUGUUAGAUUAUAUUGUUGCUCACGGGUCAUUGAAGGAACGGCACGCCAGGAAAUUCGCUAGGGGUAUUGCGUCAGCUUUGGAUUACUGUCACCGAAACAAUGUUGUUCACCGUGAUUUAAAGAUUGAGAAUAUUAUGAUAAACGAAAAAGGUGACAUCAAGAUUAUUGAUUUUGGGUUGUCAAACUUGUAUGCUCCCAAAAACUUGUUGAAAACGUAUUGUGGCUCGUUGUAUUUUGCUGCACCAGAACUAUUAAGUGCCAAGCCAUAUAUUGGGCCCGAGGUUGAUGUGUGGUCAUUUGGGGUUGUUCUUUAUGUUUUGGUUUGUGGUAAAGUACCUUUUGAUGACCAGUCGGUUUCGGUUUUGCAUGAAAAGAUCAAGAAAGGAAAUGUCGAGUAUCCUGCUUUUCUUUCAAGAGAGUGUGUGUCAUUGCUUGCAAGAAUGUUAGUUGUUGACCCCACAAAGAGAGCAUCUUUGUACGAAGUUUGUCUGCAUCCAUGGAUGAACAAGGGUUAUGAUUAUAAGGUGAACAAUUAUCUUCCCAAAAGGGAACCUUUGCGUUUACCAUUAGACCCUGAAAUUAUCAAAACCAUUGCUAAUUUUGAGCUAGGUACAGCGCAGGGUGUAGCCGAUGAGUUGACGAGUAUUUUGACGAGUGUUGAAUAUCAAAUGAGUUGUGAAAACUGGUACAAAAUAACUGAAAGUGGGAGAGAGUAUGCAUCUUCCCAGAAUGCACAAAUAUUACCUGAUCCAACUGGCGGGUUCCAUCCCUUGGUAUCUAUUUAUUAUUUGGUGGAUGAAAUGAGAAAGAGGAAAAAGGCAAAAGAAGAAGCAUUAAAGGCUCAAAGACGUGCACAGGUUCCGACUAUUGCUGUUCCUACACCAAAACAACAACAACAACAACAACAACAACAACCACCGCCUGAUACCUCUCAGCCAUUACCAGAACGCAAACCUGCACCACAUGAGGAGAUAACCAACUCUGCUGUGGCAACCCAGGCACAGGCAAACACGAAUGCACCAAAAAUCGUGGAAACCUUUUCAGAGACCCCACAAAGAACAUUGGACCCGUCAAAACAAUCAGUGGACGAAAAACCAAGUGCACCAGCGCCAUCUAUUGCUGUUCCAGAACAAGCUCACACAUCAUCUGUCCCAUCAUCAUUUGUUAAGACACAAACUUCGAUUGAUGAAGAUCAACUUUCGAUUCCUGAGCAGCAAAGUCCAAGAACCUCUACUCCACAAACUUUGGAUCCUGCAAAGGCAGUUGGUGGAUCGUCUGGAUCUGCUAUAUCUGCACCUAAUGCUGGUACUGGUGCCGGCUUUAAUUCUUUGUUGAGAAGAUUGUCGUCAAAGAAAUAUAAGGGAGCUAGCUCUCCUAAACGUUCAACGUCUCCACUGCCAAAUGUUGAAAGUCUUUCGCCACAACCAACUAAGACCGAUCCAAUGGUCCGCCGUGGUGUUAGUAUGAAGGUGACUGCCAAAGAAAAACAAACGAAUACAAGACCUACAAAGUCAGAGUUAAUCAAGAAGAAGCCACAGCAUGGCCGCUCUUCCUCCACGUCAAACAAAAUGCAAGGAUUUAUUCCUGUUGAGUAUUUGCCGCCAUUACCAACCAUUGAUACCAAUACCAACACAAUUGUUUCAGAAAGUGCUAAACAAGAAAAUUUGGCCGUGCCCUCGCUGUCACGUAACAUGCAUCCUACAGCUAGGGCGAAAUCUGUUGGUGGUGGUCAUAUGCGUAAGGAUUCGUAUGGACGUGCACCACACGGACUGCAGAAUCCAUUACCGCCGCUUCCAAUCUCCAUGGCAACUCAGAAUAGUCAAGAAGUUGUUGGGAAAGAUACUAAUGAGGGCUUUUUCGAUGAUGUUGAAUUGGAUGAUGUGGGGUACCAACAAGUUCCUCAACUCACAGAAUCAGAAAUUAUUGAACAGUAUAAUCUUUCCAAGCCUAAUAGCAUGCCAUCUAUUGAGCAUUGUAAGACAUUGUUUUUAAAAGGAUUUUUUAGUGUUCAGACUACAUCUGCCAAACCGUUACCUGUUAUUAGAUAUAAUAUAAUUAAUGUGUUGAGUAAGUUGGGGGUUAGAUUUCAAGAAGUGAAAGGUGGGUUUGUUUGUAUGCACACACCAUCUGUGCAACCUAACCAUGGUAAUGAACUUGAUGAAGAGAAUAAAUUGUAUGGCGAUGCAUUCAAGUCGAAAUCGAGUGAUUCAUUUGAAGCGGUUGAAGCCGAAGGAUCAAAGACACCAAGUCGCCAACCUUCAUUUCAAAUGCUGUCACAUGCGCCAACAACCCCAUCAGGUCCUAAAUCUCAUAGGUCAAGUAACUCAAUUGGAAGCAUUAGCGGUAAUGUACCAAGACGUAAGUUUUCCAUUGGUAAUGCGUUUAAUACCUACCGUAAAAAGAAUGGUUCUCAAGUGAUGAUGCCCCCAAACACACCAGCUACGGCAAAAGUGAUCCAUGGGUUGUAUGAUGACGACGGCAAGGAGAGAAAUGGUGAUGAAGACGAUGAUGUUGGAGAUGAUGAGUAUGGGUAUGAUGAUUCCGCUGAUUCGCUCAAUGGAUAUGGUGGUGGUAGUGAUAUGUUAAUUUCUUCGCGUAUUGAACAACGUGCCAAACAUCAACGAACUGUUAGUAGUUCGAGUCAGAAAGCUAGCAAGUCGCCCUUAAAGUUUGAAAUCCAUAUUGUUAAAGUACCACUUGUGGGAUUAUAUGGUGUUCAAUUUAAGAAAAUAAUGGGGAAUACAUGGAACUAUAAGACAUUAGCUAGUCAGAUUUUAAAUGAAAUGAAUUUAUAG